UGGUAGCAACUUAUCUUAUCUCCCAGAGAACAGGACGAAACACUACUGUAUGAAUUUGGUGCUGUUGGAACCUCACGCUCUGCCAUACAGCACGAUGUACUGAUUGUAGACGGGCAGAAGUUGCGGUGUUACACCAAGUACUUCGAGAAUAAGAUAGCUCACAGCAGAUCGUGUGGCAAGAGUUAUUUGAGUCAGGGAUCCCACUCUGUGCUGCUGAUCAAUACCUGGUGUGUGCACCAUUAGCGUUUCACAAAGAUCUGCAAAUGGAGUGACAUUUGUAGGCAGAGGUACAAUACAGGGACCAUAAGCCACAACUGUCAGGUGACUCAAAACGAAGCAAGUGAAGGAAUCAUAAUGGCUGUAAUUGUUCUCCUUGCUUUAAUCUGUUUUAUUGGUGUCUUUCCAUUGAAUGGCUGUCCAAUUAAGAAUGGUCUCCAAGACUUCCAUAUGGGUACAUUUGACAAAAUAGCAAAAGAGGUAGCUGGGUAUUCGGAUGUUGCACAGAAAAUCAUUGAUCUGGCAGUCAAUGGGAAAGCCCAAAAUCGAUCCUACGAAAGACUCGCAAAUUUCACAGAUACUGUAGGAAGCCGCCUGAGUGGCUCCAAAAAUCUUGAUUCAGCCAUCCAGUACAUGUACAAUGCCUUAAAACAAGAUGGUCUGGAGAAUGUUCAUUUGGAACCAGUGAAAAUACCUCAUUGGGUUCGAGGAGAGGAGUUUGCCAUGAUGCUGGAACCAAGAAAUCACACACUCUCCAUUCUUGGGUUGGGGAGUAGCAUUGGGACUCCAAAAGAAGGUAUCACAGCAGGAGUGCUUGUCGUACAUUCAUUUGAUGAGCUACACAAAAGAGCUAGAGAAGCUAAAGGGAAGAUAGUUGUGUUCAACCAACCAUUUGUCAGCUAUGGUGAGACAGUCACAUACAGAGCGCUUGGUGCUUCUGAAGCAGCGAAAGUUGGAGCUGUGGCAUCACUCAUAAGGUCCAUCACUCCCUUUUCCAUUAACAGUCCGCACACAGGGUGGCAAGAUUACCAGCCCAAUGUGCCUAAGAUCCCCACGGCCUGCAUCACAAUUGAAGACGCUGAGAUGAUGGCACGAAUGGCCCAUCGUGGGAAGAAAAUAGUGAUCCAUCUCAAGAUGGCUGCCAAGACCUUCCCAGAUGCUGACUCAUUCAACACAGUGGCGGAGAUUAUUGGAAGCAAAUACCCGGAACAGGUGGUGCUAAUCAGUGGACAUCUGGACAGCUGGGAUGUUGGGCAAGGAGCCAUGGAUGAUGGCGGAGGAGCUUUAAUUUCUUGGGAGGCACUUUCUCUAAUCAAAGACCUGGGCCUUCGCCCAAAAAGAACUCUGCGGAUGGUAAUGUGGACUGGGGAAGAGCAGGGAGGCAUUGGAGCGAAUCAGUACUACAACCUUCACAAGGUGAACAUCUCAAAUUUUGACCUAGUAAUGGAAUCUGACACUGGCACCUUUACUCCCCUUGGAAUUGAGUUUACUGGUAACGGUGAAUCCAGGGCAAUCAUGAAGGAGGUCAUGAAACUGCUCCAGCCCAUUAAUGUCACUGAACUAGCUGACCGCGGGGAGGGAACUGACAUUAACAUGUGGAUGGAAGCUGGUGUACCAGGUGCCAGCCUUCAUGUGGACAGCAGUAGAUAUUUUUAUUUCCACCACAGUGAUGGAGACACAGUGACAGUCCAAAACCCUAUACAGAUGAACCUGUGCUCUGCUGUGUGGGCGGUUGUUUCCUAUGUUGUUGCUGAUCUUGAGGAGAUGUUGCCAAGGUAGUUAAAGGAGGAUUGGUUGUUUCAGCUGCCCUGCCCUGCCUUCAGGAGUGUCAUCAGUGAAGCAUCAGAGCUGCAGCUGUGGAUCGUCUUUGUUUAACCUUGUGUUCCAUCCCUGAAUCACUGUUCAUUCUUUUUGUUGCAAGAAUAUCUAUAUCAGCCUUUUGUUCAUCGCAGACAUUUACAGUAUCACAUCUUUAAGCUCUAUACUUACAUUAAAUAAUAUACUGUUAAUUUUUAUUUUUUGCCCUGAGUGCAGUACUUAUACACAAUAUUCUGAAGAUAUGAAGUAUGAGAUUUCUUUAAAUAUUUGGUAGUUUGGAAAAUGAGUGCAAGAAAGGUGUCUUGAUGAGUCCUCUUACAAAGUAAAUACCGGGGUUGUAUUUCAUGUGCUAAACUAAAAUACUGUUUUAUUGUAGAGGGUGACCAAUGUUUUGUAAAAAACAUUGUGACGUGGCUUAGACACUCCCUAAAGCAGCCUCUGCCAGUAGGAUCUGUAUGAGCUCGAAAUAUCACCUUUUCUAGUUUUAUGUAGGUUACUGGAAUUUGUUUCCUAGGCAGUUAUUCCCAGUUGCAGUGAAGCCUCAGGCUACUGUAAUAUUAAUUGGACAGGAACAAAAUGUUAUUUCCAUGUUGUCUGCAAACGGAAUCUUCCACUCAAACCUCAAAGGUAUAUAUGCAAAACAAAAGUUUUAUCUAUUAAAGGAUGUCAAAGUGUUUUUUUUUUUCUAAACCUGUAUAGUUCUGGCCUCUUGUGUGCUGUUAUAUAUAACUUCAUUGUUAGAGAAAGGAACUGGCUUUCAGACGUGAAAGAAAAUGGAAUACAUGUUAUUCAGCUGGGUACAAAAAUAGUUCCCAAGUUGAAUGAAGUUAAACGAAAAAAGGGUUAUUAUUUUUACUGGUAAAUUUUUGAAGUUGCUCAGUAAACUACUAUAACAUCUGCGAGUGACUGAAGUAGCAAUUCUUUAUUUUAGUGACUUCUGACAGACAGUUCUGACAAGAUACUUUUUGUAAAAGAGGUCAGAUGUUUAUGGCUUCCAACCUUUUGCAAAAACCCACAGUAACACUGAAAGAUAAUAGCUUCCCUUUUUCAGAGUAAUUCAGUUGUUAAAUUGUCUAUGAAAGUAAGCGGGGAAAAAAAUGUCUGGUUAAGUGUCUGUUUUGCCAGUUUUAAAAAUCCAUCAAGGGGGAAACUCUUGUAAAGAUAACAUGACAAGUUUCUGCCUCUGCAGUGUAGGCUAAAGAUUUGGCUUGGUUGGAAAUGGGCAACUAAAGUAAAGAGUUUACAGGUCCUUUUCAAUUGGAAUUGAUUAAAAUAAGAUAAAACAGGUGAUUUAACUUCUUAUUCAAUUAAAUGUUUAAAAUUGUAUGAAAUAAAAAUGAAAAGGCCCUACAGCCUUUCUGGGCUGGAGUUGUCCAUCUACAAUAUGUGGUCUAGAGUAGGGGGUUCCCAACCCUGUGCUGAAGGACUAUACACUUGCAGAUUUUCAUUCCAGCUCGGUUUAAUUAGCUAACUGAAGCCUUAGUUGGACCAAAUGAGAUGCUUGUUUGGAAUAUCUGCAAAUUUAUACUGUAUUGUCUUCUCAAAGGUUUGGAAAUUUAUUAUAUUUAGAAAACAAAGGGCAAUCUCCAGUUUGUUUAAGAGCUGAUUCUAGUCAAGCAGAUUAAAUUCAUCCUCUUUUUGAGUCAAAUAAGGGUUCAAAUGUUUAUGUAAGUGAAAGCUUAUUAGGAGCAAAAAAUAAUUGGUACACUGGUCUCCAGGAUCAGGAUUUGGCACACCACAUCUAAAGAAUACUAUGAAAGUAUAUUUUUCUGUUUCGAAGUUGUAAUGAAAAAUAGCAAUAAAAAAUGUAAAACACCAAUUCUAAUAUGUCCACAGCUGCAGAGCUUCUAACAGAUGAGACAGAGGCAACUUGGACCAAUUAGAUCCCAGCACUUGUACCACCGUCAGUAUUCCAGUGACACUGGUUGGUCUAUUUUUGGAUACUAUGUACCAGUGCACUCAAGUGCAGAACACUGGGAGUUUAAUUGGGUAGCAAAACAGAAAGUCAUGUGGGAAGAAAAAAGGACCAAAUUCAUUCCCAGAUUAAUAUACUGUAGGCAGUAGUUUAUUAUUAAGGACAUAUGAGACCUCUUGUUUGACCUCUUGUACUUGGAUGCUCAUUACAGCAGUGCUCUGAGAGGUGACCUUGGGACAACAGAGAAAAAAAAUGUUACUGCCCAUAGCUCUGAAAAGAAAAAAGUUUGGUACUUCCAUUGAAGGUAUUAAACAUUAGUUUGUGUUCAUGUUCUAGUGAAUCCAUUGUGAGACAGUAUGCAGAUGGGAUUAUAUUUAUAGAUGACAUGUCUACCUUUGUUGUAUUCAAGAAAAAAAAGGUUAAUUUUAAUUCUAUUUUCACUACAUCCAAAAGAUUUUUCAGGAUUUUUUCAUGAAUGAAGCUCGUGUACCACAGAAAACAAAAUCAAAAUCCACAGACAGAAUAGACAAAUCCCACUGCAGAACACAUCGAUGUAAAAUGUUGGCUUAUGUGAAAAGCUGUUAUGGAUUUCAACUGCAAUGCACCAUGUCAAGCUUCUCUGCUUCAAAAAAAUCUCUGUACUAUUCAAAUAGUUUAUUUAUGGGUUUCAUACUACUGAAUGUAUUCUAAAAUACACAUCAUUAGGAAAACAAUCACUUAACAUUGGACAUAUUCCCAUAGGUACAAUACAUAAUAUUCUGGGCACAUGAUAUUUAUAGUCACAAAAACAGCACAGCUAACUUCAUCAUGGUCAUGAAUGGUCAUAUUUAGUAAUGCAUUGUCUUAGACAACUGCCGUUAAAUAUAAUGAUUGUUACAGUAAAUGUAUGGUAUGCUCUGUUACUGAUAUAAAAUCAAUUUGUCAUGACCCUCAGUUGAAAUUCAGUGCUGGGGACAUUCAAGUGGUCUUCAACGGGCUCCUGUUCCACAUUUAAAUGGUGGGACAGUUGCUAUGAUUUCUUAGAUUGCACAGCAAAUGAGUCACUAGAUAAUCCGCCCCAUAAGGCAAUAAUGGAGCAGUACACUAUACUUGCACUAGGCACAUCUUGUGAGCAGUAAAGUAUGGUUGUGCUACUACUGUCUUGGGACACUGGAAAAUGUAUCCUUGCUGUACAGUACAUAGCUGCAAUUUUGUAUGAGAAGUGAUGUUUUCAAAGAAGAUUCAGGAAAAGCACAUACUGUAUACUGGAUGUAAGGGUGGUAUUUUUAAGUGUAUUGAACUUUUAUUAAUCUCUAACAAAGGUUAAUUGAAUCGGUAGUGCAUGUUUUUCAGAUACAAACAGAACAAACAUUCUUAGCAUCUGUAAUCAGUCCAAUAGGGAUUAUGUCAGUAGAAAGAAACACUGAAUAGUAUGGUACAUAACAUGUCUGCCUAUAAAUGUUUUCAGAUAUCUACUAUAAAUAUAUAGAACCUGUACGUUCAUUACGUUUGCAAAGAUUUUAGAAAACACAAGGAGGGAAAUGGUUUCUAUAAAUGAAUGAUAAAAAUGUAACAUCUGAUGUCACAUUAAGUGAUCUAAUAAAUGUUAAAUAUCUGUAAAAUG